AUGCCCGUCGCAACUGAGUUCAACUCUUCUGCACCUUACAAGUUCCCUCAAGGCGCAUACAGUACUGCGCUGGCCUUGAUGAACAGGAUAUUUGCCAAAGACCGGCAUUUACCAGUCCCUCUAGACACUGAGGUCCUAUCGAUUGAACACUCUAAGACGGAGAAUCCUCAAGAUUCCACAGACUUCAUCGCUGGUUACAUGAAGAUAGGUUCAUUCGAUACAGAUUCGAAACGGAGCGGACAGAGCCAUUAA